GUUCUGCAGCGGUUGGGGGUUCACAGCUUGAAGACCACUGCUAUAGAGGGUGCAAAUGUAUCUGAGCCCUGGAACUCAAAUAAUGUGAAAUAUGAGAUGAUCAAAAUGGAGCCCCUGCACUAAUUACUUGGGUUCUGAGGUCUGUAAGGUCCAUAGUAAAAACAUCAGGUUCUGUCUAUAGCAGAUACUAAAUCAUGGCAGCUCAAAGAAACAAGCAGUCAUUCUGACAUGUCACAUGUGAUGUCAUAGACAGCUGGAGGCCUGACAUCCCACUGACAGCCGCCCGAGCCUUCAGUCUGUUCCAGUGCGAUUAGUGAGAAUAGUGAGAUUAGCGUCUUCUUUUUCUACUUGUCUGAAAUGGAGCUAAAAGGACUGGGGUUCGUCCCCCUCCUGUUGGCGUUUUGGUGUGCGGCCUGGCUUGCCACCAGCUACAUCAUGACGGUCGUCCUCGGCCAUGCAGCCUCGCCACUGAUGAGCAUCAGUGACGUGGGAAAUGUCUUUCCCGAAAGCAUAUUAUUCAGAAUUGGAUUCAUAGGGACGUCCAUUGGCACUUUGGUACUAACCUUUCUUAUUUAUAAGUAUAUGGUUAUGCAUACUGAAGAGUUCAGGGGUCAUCAGGUCCUGAUCCAGAGGAUCCUGCUGGCCAUUGUGUGGGCCUCCUGUUUUUCCACAGCUGUUAUGCAUGUAUUGUCCCCCGAAGAAUAUCCCAGGAUACACUUUGUCAGCACGAUAAUUUCCAUUACAUGUGAAGCCUUAUACUACCUUGGGCAGUCCAUCCAGAUGUAUAAAUUACCAGGAGCAAAAAAAGUCAUCCACCAUAGUAGAUGCACCUGCUGUGGCCUGACUUUUGUCUGUGUAGUUUUCUAUUUUGGAUAUGAAACAUUAAAGGAAUUAUUCCAUAAUGAUGAAGACUGGGACGAGAUCCGUGAAAUCCCCAUCAUAAUCAUCGAGUGGGUGAUGCUUCUACUGAUCCUGAUAAACAUCGUGACCUAUUAUUCCACCAUGCAGAGGUUAUUGUUGACCGUCUCCAGAAACAGCUGCACACUCUCUCUUAGAGUAAAAAUUGAUGACUUCGGGGUGUAGACCACCACGGGGGCCAUCAAGUGGACUUCUGGGAGAGAUACUGCACAGGACACGGAAAACAUCUAAAGAAGAAUAACUGGGGGACUACAUAUGGUGCCAGUAAUCAUGACAC